GUUCAUUCAAAUUAAUAGCCUUCCUCUUUCUCUCUCCCUGCCGUCUGGUUUCUGAGAUUUCAUUACAUUUCUCAGGAACCCAUUCUCGCAUUAGAGAUAUUAACAGGCGGGGAGAUAUUAAUAAGCAUCUGCAAAUAUGAUUGAGGAAUUAAUUACCAGGAGCUUGAUCUUGGUGUUUGGAUAUGCAUAUCCUGCAUUCCAAUGUUUCAAAACUUUGGACAAAAGCAAGGUUACGGUUCCAGAACUCAGGUUUUGGUGCCAAUACUGGGUAAUUGUUGCGCUGAUAUCAAUUAUUGAAAAAGUCCUUGAUAUAUUUGUUUCAUGGGUCCCCUUUUACCGAGCGAUAAAGCUACUAAUGUACAUAUACUUGUGGCAUCCCGGUACUAAGGGGAGUACCUACAUGUACGACACGGUUGUUCAACCGUAUGUGUCGAAGCAUGAACCAACAAUAGAUCGAGGUAUAUCCGAAUUGAAGGAGAGAGCAUGGAAUUUGGCUCUUAGUUAUUGGUACAAAAGCGCAGAUAUGAGCUCCAAAAAAGUUCUUGAAUGCCUUCAAUUAUUGAUGGCUCAAGCCAUGAACGCUGCAUUAUCGCGCCCCCAAUCACAGGAGGGUAAAUCCAAGUCCAACGACGGUGUAACGCCAACGCCGCCGAGCACGCCUUCUGGAGUCCUCAACCGAAACACUUCCGAGAAGUGGCGGCCGCCUGUUGGUCAGGCGGGAAGCGUGGACAGCCCUACCCCCAAUUCGGCUAAGCAACAUAAAUCAGAUAACGAUCAGGAUUUCCUUGCUGCCAGGGUCAGGCUCAGGAGCGUCAACAACAAAGAAAACUAAAUAAUUGAAUCCAAUAGUUUAGGAAUUAGUAGGAUUUUUUUUUUGAUUCAGUGUGUUUUGCUUCUUGUAAUUUCAAUUCCUUUUUGCUGAAUUCCAAAUUGCGAUUGAAGCACCGUAAAAAAAUGGAAAUUGUACAUUUUUUUGUGUGUGUGAAUUGUGAAAUGUAAAUGUGAAAACCGCACCGCCAAACACAUUGUGGAAAACCGUCGCUAUCUGGAGCAGCGGAUCCACACAAAUUGAAGCGUCCAAUUGAUUGCCCGAGCGACGCUGCGGCGUGCCUGGUCAAACAGGGCGGCGAGGCGCGGAAACAUAAGGCGGAGGAAGCCGCCGUCGGCGGAGCCGGAGGCGGUGGACAUCGGCUGGAGGUACGCCCACGCCGCCUGCUUGACGAGGCGGUUCCGGAUGCAGAUGUCGGAUCCGGCCUGCGCGGAGCUCGGCCGCGGCGAGUUCACCGCCGUCGUCGGGAGGAGAUCCUUCAGCGAGGUGUAGCUCCUCGGAUUAGGCUUGAUUGACAGCAGCUCGAGAUCGUCGGAAGACGAAGACGUUGUGGCGGAGGUCGUCGUCGACGAGCUGUGGUGGUGGUGGAGAUUGAGCUUCGGCGGCGCUACUACGAUCGAGGAGGGGAUUGAACUCCGGCGGCGGAGGAGCGGAUGAUCGCGAGGCUGCUGCGGUAGUGAAACGGCGACGUCUGCCAUGGCGGGUUUUCUUUUGUUUUGUGCGUUUAGUGGUUUGGAAAAAUGUGUAUUUCCUUAUAUGGUGGGGAGAGUUUCUGUCCCAUUUAUUAUUUAAUUUUAUUUUGAAUUUUCGUAA